CAGAUCGACCACUUCCAUAUUCCACCUGAGACCAGCGCACGAGUGGCCAAACCCCGAACCAGCAGCCAUGCAACUCAGCUUUCUCCCCCACGUUGCCAUUUGCCUCGCGCUAGCCUUUCUCCUCCCAUCCCACGCCGCGGUGACGGCGGCGCCGGCCGGCACGAUACAGCGCGUGACCAAGCAGCAGAUCCUGGCGAGCAUCCCGCCGCACUGGGACGAGAACCCCGUGCUGUUCCUGACUUCGCCGUCGGGCAAGUACGCGGCCUACUUCAUGCGCAGCCAGACCACCCCGGGCGCCGGCGGCCUCGGCGCCGACUUCUGCUACGUGGAGGUGCUCGACACGACGGCGCCGGGGGCCGAGGGCCGGAGCGUGUGGGAGUCGGAGUGCCUGGCAGUGAGCACGGUGAACACGUGCGCGCUCGUGUUCUCGUGGAAAGGGCUGGAGGUGUUCGACGGGAGCACCUCGGUGUGGCACACCCACGACACAAAGUCCGACGACCAGAACUUCCUGGAGACGCUGCAGCUCGUGGACCAGGGCGACAUGCGCAUCCUCGACAAGGGCGGGGAGCUGGCGUGGAAGGCCAGCGACGAGCCCCGCGCCGCGCAGCACUGCGGGAUGCCCGGCUCCCCCGGCCUCGCCUCUGCGCUGCCCCCGUUCGCCGAGCCGAUCGGGCACGGCAGCAGCGACCUGCCGUUCGGAUUCGGACAGGGAGCCGGCGGCGUCGGAGUUGGCGGCGUGGCGCAGCCCGAAGCGCCGCUGGCGGCGCCUUUGCCGCAGCCCGAGCUGCCACUGGCGCCGUUGCCGCAGGAAGCGGAUGAGUUCGGUGGCGCCGCCGCCGCCGCCGCCGCGCAGGGGCAGGCCGGGGCGGGCGCGGGGGAGGCGUUCGGGUUCGGCAACCAGCCGCUGGUGGACAACAGCCCGUACGACAGUGGUGCGUUGAAGCAUGGAUUCAGUCUCCUGAUCUCGCUUGCUUUUUGUUUCAGCGUCGCCGUCGCCAUGGGUUUGGCUCUCUGAAUUCGAGACAUGAGCGCGUAAGUGGUUGUGGUUUACUAAAUUCUUCUUGUUUCCGGCAAAAGAAGCCGGGAGAUGUAUUCGUUGUGUGUUGGGGUGGUGUUUGCUGAUGUCAGUGGGGUGGCUGUUGUACACAUAUGAAAUUGCAAAUUGUAAUAGAGUUCGCUUAUGCAUUGUUAUGAAAAUUUUUCACUAAAA